UCUGUCCUGGAUUAUUCUGGAAGGUGUGGAGGAUGAUUAGCUUGAUGUAGAAGGUUGGGUAUAGUUAGAUUGGAGAGGAUUAUAAAAUCCUUGUACCUUAGUACACAUUUUGAUUGUCAGAUAUAGAGGUAGGAGAUGAUGGAGAUUGUAGAGCUGAGUUCUCUGAAUAAAUUCGUUUUUUCACUUUCAUUAACUUUUAUUCAUCCAUGUUGCAGCAGUACAAAAUAAUACAAUACAAUAAUAAUAGAAUAGUAACAGUAAAAAAUAAUUAAAAAAUAUAUAAAAUUUAUUAUGAAUUAGCUGCCCCCAUUACGACCAAAAUACACAGCAACAUCACUGGAGAGGGAGUGAUGUUGAAGGCUACUGACAGUGCAGCGGGCAGUGAUCGGACAUGGUUGCCUAGGGCCUCACCUUUUCGCUUUACCACAGUUGAAAAGCUGUCUGUCAUUUAUAUAUUGUUUUUGAUGAUUUUGAAGUAUUGGAAGCUGUGAUGUGCAGUCAAUGACAAGUUAUGUGAUGCUCUUACAGAAAGUUACAUGAGGCUCUUCACAAUGCUUCCAGCAUUGACUGUAUUGUUUUUCUAAUCUUCAUCACAGUGAAUGCUUCCAGCAUCCAUGUCCCAGAAAUCCCCGCAUAGAUUCCAAUGUAAAUGUUUUGCUGACUUCUGGGGAGAAACGCAGAGGACUGAUAUUUUUUAAAUCGCGACUGUGGCCACAAUUUUCACUCCUCAAACAUAAAACUCACACUAGUAGCUCAUUGAAACCUUGACAUUCAUAAAGUGAAGUUAUUUCCUUGAUAACCAUUUCGGGUUUGUUGUAACAAGCCUGUUAAGCAGGGGUAACUGACAAGUCAAACUUCUAAUGCUCAGUGUCCACAGUAGCUCUAUCUAUAUUAAUGAUGAGUUCAUUACACUGUCGAAUUCCGAUCAGAGCAGGUGUACACAUUCAGCUUUUUUUAAACUAUCUGAUGUUUCUAACAUAGGUAUAUUUAGCUAUACUUGUAUUGUAUCAGCCACUUUCAGCAAUUCAAAAAAAUAGCUUUUUUAAGGAAUGAAUUUAGCAGUAAAUGCAAAUUUAUAGCACAAUGCCUUGUGGGUAAUGCACCAUAACAGAAACUGGUGUAAGUAGGAGUGACCCUUGCAAUGAUUGGUGAAUCACUUAUGCAUUACACAUUUUAAUCAGAGUUGCACCUUAAAGUCUGUUGUAAAUUGCAGCUUUUUGUUCAAUAACAGUAUUUUAAGUAUUUUAAUAUUAAAGCGGUCAUAUGCAAAAUCCACUUUUUAAACACUUUGGAGCGUUCCUACUCUGAACCCCCCCCCCCCCUUUUGUCGUCACGGAUAAGGGAGUCCUCCCUGCAAAUCCUAAUAGCUAGCUAUACUAACGGCUUCAGCCAGUCGAUCAAGCCUUUGUCCUCUUCAAAUGUGCUUAUGUGGGCUCCUGCAGCCACACACCUGUGUGGAGAAAAACUAAUAGCUAUCGGCCUUCGAGCGGCUACAAGCAGGGAUCGGUGGGUCUAGCUCUUGGCCUUUUUCUGCAAUCACAUACACCUGGGGGGAACAGCUAAUAGCUAUCGAGCUUCGAGCGGCUACAGGCAGGGAGCGGUGGAUCUAGCUCGCUGUAGUAAGUACAUGCUUGAUACUUGUGAUGUCUUAAUAUGUUAGUUGGUCUGUAGUAACCCACAUGUGAGACAAGCUAUCUUUGCUAACAGCUACAGCCAGUCGACCGAGUCUUUGUCCCUUAUAAAUGUGCUUCUCUGAGUUGGCGCAAUCACACACCUGUGUGGGGAACAGCUAAUAGCUAGCUACUGUAAUAGCUUUGUGUGUUGCAUUAGCCGUUAGCAUGCCGUUAGGCCUUUGCACUUUAGAGCUACAGCCGGGUGAUCACUACACUAAGAUGUUGCAGAUGAAUGCAGUUAUGUCUGUUAUUACCCCAUCCUGUUUCACAGUUCUAUCAAAUUCUAACAGUUGGAAUGGUAACUGUGUUGUGUUGCAAGCUUAGCUGCUAAUUAGUCGCAUCUCUAAAAUAACUGCUGCUUAUCUGGUCAGUUACCUAUAGCUUGUGUAACAUAGCCAUUAUAUUUGUAGGACCCAUACAAUUUACAUUAAAUGUAACAUUGUCUUUUUCUAUACUGUAGGAGGGCACAUCCCAGUUACCCACAUGCAAUCAGGUUGUCAAACAGAGAAUUCACUGCAGACUGUUGGUAAACAGACAUCUGCUGCCCAGCUCAGGAGUGAAGUACCUUUGUUUUGAGGAGGUGAUGGUGAGGACAGCCACAGCUUCCAUCUAGUAGAGAACUGCUUCCGCUCAGUCUUCCAAAUAGUGAUGAGAACAAGGAUCACCACAUCUCCCUGGUCAUCUGUUUACAACUAUAUCUUUCCUGCUGCAUAAACAAACCCCCUAACCAGUACAUGGUCUGUUUACCCUACUUCCAUCAAGCAUUUCAUCUGCAAGGGCCUGCAAAAGCUUCUGUCCUCAACCCCCCAAACAUCUUAAUUACCUCAGUAACCUAUACAUUGCACAUGUGCACAAGUGUGAAGUUUGUUCCAGCUUUGGAGUAGUGGUGCAUUUUUUGGUUGACAAUAAAGUUGGCUUUAACUGUUACAUAUGUCUGUAUAUGACUGAACUCUGUUUUUAUUAAGGGGAAAACACUUUUAAUUAAGAAAUCAUAGUUUUGAAAUUACAUGUUUUUCUCUUUCUAAUAUAGUAAGCUGUUCGAUUCCCGGAGGUGGCCCUGGUGCCUUUCUGUGUGGAGUUUGCACGUUCUCCCCUUGUUUGCGUAGGUUCUCUCCGGGUUCUCCGGCUUCCUCCCACAGUCCAAAGACGUGCAUUAGGUUGAUUGGACUCUCUCCAUUGCCCGUAGAAACUGGAUGAAUCUCCGUGACGCAGAGACAGGCAAAGUGCUCUGGCAGGGAACUGAGGACCUCUCUGUACCAGGCAUAGAACAUGAAGCUCGUGUUCCAAAAAAAAUUCUGAAGUGUAAAGCAGUGUCCAGAGAGCUGAAUUUUUCUUCAUCAGAGAAGCUUGAGAAGUUUAGGCUGGAGCAGAAGGUUUUCUUCAGAGGACAGUGUCUAGAAGAGUGGUUCUUUGAAUUUGGUUUCGUCAUUCCCAACUCCACCAACACAUGGCAGUCUCUGAUAGAGGCAGCUCCAGAGUCCCAGAUGAUGCCAGCCAAUGUUCUAACGGGUAACGUGAUCAUAGAGACAAAGUUCUACGAUGAUGACCUCCAUGUCAGCACCUCCAGAGUACGUCUUUUCUACGUCUGACCUCUAACUUAUAACUCUUCUUCCAAUAUACUGACUUUAGCCAAGGUCUAUAAACUCCCAUGGUUAGCUUCAGUUCGGAGAAGUAGACUGUUUGUUGGCACAGGAAACCCAACCCAACGUUUCCAAAACCAGUAAUGUGAGCUUUGUGUUUGGUCAUUUUUUGUGCUGGUCUGAAUAUUAUUUAACGACAACCCUUUGAAUUCUCACUUAUUUCACAAUACUCAGAAGCAGAACAUUAGACUUCUUUGAUCUAUUACCUUUUUUCCUGUUUCCUGAGAUAUAUUUAAGACACCUACUUCAUGACACACAAACAUAUAGCUGUUACACCAUCUCAUUACCAUUUCAUCUGCGACGUUUGCAGAAUAAUUCAACAUCAAUCAAUCCCAUCUGUCCAUACGGAUUAAUUUUUAUCCACUUUGUAAAAUUUGAUUGUAGAACUAUUUGCUUUCAGUUUAAAGUCCAAGUGAAAUUCACACAUUCAUCAUUUGACAAGGGCUCCCCUGAAUGUUCCGUUCCUGUCAAAGGUUCUGUACCUGUAUGGUGUAGUGUUGAACAAUGAGUUUAAGCACUGUCUGAUAACACUAUGCUUGAGGAAAACAACAGUGGUUGCUACAGUUGCAACAUUUGACUUCCUGUUUAAUUCAAAUGCAUUUAUCUCAUUGUUAUUAAGUAGCUGCUACCUGUGUGUAAUAUAGACUUGUUUUAAUAUGAUACAAUGGAGUUGUGAAUUAAAGUCAUAAUGUUGUAAUAUGUUGCAUAAAGCGUUGUCUUUAUUGUAUUUUUUUUUUUUUGCUCACCCUGUUGAAAGUAAAUAAGCAUGUAUACUAUUAUAAACCCAAAAUAAAGCUGUUGGUGAUAGAACCCUGUGAAACCUGGAAA